CAGCAGCAGCAGCAGGAGGAGGAAUCAUCUGGGUGGUUCGGAUCCACAGAUCCAUGAUGGAGAGAGGACGAAGCGCAAACACAGCGAGCGCGGCUCAGUCCGAAAUGUGACGCUCUUUUUUUAUUCUUAUUUUUUUUAUUCCGCCUCCCAUCAAAACCUGACAACUGUGAACCCCGUCUUCAUUUCUAGAUCCGUUCACAUCGAUCAAGAGAUGGCAUUUCCACCUGGCCUUCUGCUGCUGCUGCUGACCGUUAUUCUUCACGCCAGCGGUCAACGUUUGGCUGAAACAGAGACUCUCCCUACAGGCUGCGGCUGGGGCCUCGGGCGCCCCUACACCCUCCUCUGUGACCUGGACUCCAUUUGGGGCGUAGCCGUCGAAUGUGUGGCUGCUGGUGGGACGCUGGCUGCCAUCUUACUGGCCUUAGUCCUGCUGUGCCGUUUACGCCACAUCAGCGAGGGAGAGAAGCGCAGUGGCGUGGGACCCAUCCUCCUGCUGCUCCUGGGCAUCAUUGGCCUGUUUGGCCUCAGCUUCGUUUACCUGAUUGAGCAAGACGAGUCUCUCUGUCUGAUGCGCAGGGCCUUGUGGGGCCUCCUAUUUGCUGUCUGCUUCUCCUGCUUGCUGGUUCAGGGUGUUCGCCUGCACAGGCUGGGCAGAGAGCGUCGAAGCCCAGGCGGCUGCGCGCUCACCGGCCUGGCGCUGGGCUUGAGUGCCGUGCAGGGCAUCAUCGCAGCUGAGUGGCUACUUCUGACCGUGCUGAGGGAAGGGAGAGCUGCCUGUCAGUACCUGCCUUUGGACUUCUCGUUAGCCUGCAGUUAUGUGCUGGCCUUGCUACUGGCGGCAAUGACUGCCGCCUCUUUGGCUCUGUGUGGGAAGACACGACAGUGGCGUUGCAGCGCAGUCUGGCUGCUGGUGGCCUGCCUGCUGUCUCUGCUGCUGUGGGUGGCCUGGUUGGGCUUCUAUCUGUACGGCAACGCCUGGCUCGGCAGGUCUCCRGAAUGGAAUGACCCGGCUCUGGCGAUAGCUUUGGUGGCUCAGGGUUGGCUGCUGCUGAUCUUCCACGCCAUCCCCGAAUCCCACAUCUGCUUGAGACCCCCACCACAACCCACCGCCCCAGACUACUUCGACACAUCCCAGAAUUCAACACGGAUGAGGGAGACAAGCUUCGACGAAGACAUCCCUCUUUCUCAUCGGCAGUUUGUGGAGAACCAGGGCUACGGCUACAGCGAUGAGAACACUGCAGGCUUGAGGAGCGGUGGCGGCGGCGGCGGUGCGGGGCAACACAACAGCAACACCGGCGCCAGGCCCAGCGCUCCCUUUCGCAGCAACGUCUACCAGCCUACAGAGAUGACCAUGAUCCUGAACGGGGGAGCGGUGAGUACAGCCUCCCAGUCACAGGUGCCCUCCGCCCCUCCCACCUACACGGGAAGGCAGCUGUGGUGAAAGGACGAUGRGCAACAGAGAAUGAAUAGGAAGAGGAUAGGAUGAAUGUGGGUGAGGAGGGUGGGAGUCCAGCACUAGGGCUCUGUCUGGUUGGACUGGACUUUUGGCAGCACCGAUACCUGGGGUGCCCUUUCACUCUGUGUACAGACUUUAACACUGACUCUGUGCCAGUCAAGUAUUGAAUGUGUGUGAGACUGGGACAAAGCAGGAUAUGGAGGACAGAGCUCAAACUUUUCCUGCACACAAUGCACCASAGAAGAGGUGAACAAACUUGAAACGUGUCCAGCAAGAGGUAAAAUAGACCCUGCUGACUCAGAUCCGAAAUGAUCAGCACACAGUAUUGUUUUGAUCCAGUUCGCUCCAGCAUUGUAGGCAUUCUCGAAAAACUGUGAAAUCUAUUGCUUCAUCCUGAUUUAGCUCUCAUCCUGUCAGGAAGGAUGUGCUUUGUGCUGCUCCUUACAAUGCUGGUGCUCAAGUGGAAACAUUUGGCUCUGUCCUCCAUCCAUCCACACUGCGCAUGUAGACAGAGCACACAAACAAUUGUAAAACUCGAGCACAGCCCUCUUAAAGAUUAUCCAGCCUCUGUCGGUGUCUAUGUACAGAAUCUAAAAGAAACGUGUCCGUUCUCCAAAACUCUCGCAAUCCAACUAACUCCUUUCAUCCAGACUGUCCACUCUGGCCUUUUCCCUCUGUUUCUCUGUGUCUGAUUAUAACACAUCACUCUCUUCACCUUGCGUCAUCCUGCCACCUGCAUGGACACAAUGAAACGUACAAGCUGCGAACUGGAGAGGAAGUGCCCAGUGGUCACAGACACAACAAAUGCAGUCUAAAGCACCUGUACGGAGGGAUCACAUGCCUCUAUCGAACUGUACGAAGGAGCAGAGUGCGUCACGAUUGGAGGAGGAGGCCAUCAAUCACCAGUAGGGGCGGUGCAGCAAAGGGAAUCUAGGUCAGACUGCUGCGCUCUCCCACAUCUACGGUGGCCACUGGCAGCUAGAAGCAGCCAGGAGAGACUGUCACUUUAGAUCAGCAGGAAACAGAGCAAGGAAGUAAAGAGAGAGAGAGAGAGAGAGAGAGAAAAAAUCUUGCUCUUAGUUCCUCUGUCUGUGUUUGUAGGUGUUGUGAUUUUCAUGAGCAUUGGAGAUGAAAUUCAAAGUCCAAGUUGUGUUUUCUUUUUCUUUCUUUUCCUUUUAAUUUUCACACAACUCUCCGAUGAGGAAGAGAACAACAAGAACAACUCUAGUGUGGAUGCAGUAGUCACACGCUGAGUGACAGAAUAUAAAUAUAGAGAUGAGGCUGCGGUGUGGAGAUAGUCUGGAGCCUCAGAAAGAUCAGAUUUACACUGUGGAGAAGAAAGAGGAAGAUCAAAUACAAGAGGAGAAGGAAGGAAGGUGGGGAGGGAGGCUGACGGGUGUCUGAGCGACAGUGAAGUCUCCUUCACUCAGCUCCAGAUCUAUGUGAGAAAAUGGCUCCCUGGCCUGCCUUUGUGCAUGAUGCUGGAGCUGCUGUUCGUGUGGUUGUCUUCUUUAUCUCAUGAAGAAACUCUCCCUCAUCCUCGCCUCCCUCCUGUCUGAGUAGUCAGUCACUGUGCCAAUAAGAACUCCUGGUUCCACUGGAGUCUCAAUUUUACACAUUUUUCCUUCAUUGUGGCACCAGCUAUCACCAGAGGAACUYUGUAUAUAAAGUAGUGCUGUAAAGCUUUGCUUGCUUCUUUACUCCCCCCUUUAAAAAAGUUGUAGGCUGAGUUUGGAUGUCAUAUGACAAACUUAUUAUUUUUUUAAUUAUUUGAUUGCUUUAUGUUCAAACUCUGCCUUUUGUUCCAUAUGCUUUUAUUUUACUUUUGCUUGUGUCUUUAAUUUUUUUAACUAGUAUUUUUGGAAAUGUUUUGCCAGGACUAGAUAUAUGCUUUUAUUGUUAUCUUUUUUAUUAUUUUUGUUUGUUUGAUUAAUGGAUGGAUCUUAUGCGAGCUUAGAUAGAUUUAUCUUUGUUUUACCUUCUGUUCUCAGAAGAGAGUGGGGGCUACAAACAUGCAUUUUUAGAGUGUUCAGAAAAUGACAAUAGCUGUGAAUAACUGCAGUAAACAAAGAAUAAUGUGGUGAUAUUCUAGAGGUAACUAUAAAGAGCAGAGUCAGGUGGGUGGCUGCAGUAAAUUCAGUCUCAGUAAUAGCCAGUCAAGUGACCACUGAACCUACAUCAGCCUUCAACUAAGAAAAGAGCAGGGGUCAACCCUUAAAUGCUGCUGUAUGUUUAUGUCUUACACUCUAGCUAUUCUAAAARAGGACUGCUACUUGCGGGCCAGCUGCAAACCCAAACACAGCUUGCCCUCCCACUUCAAGCUAUGCUUGGGCCAGCGCUGGCCAGAAACAAAUCCAUGCAAGAACUGUCCUCAGGGUUUUUGUGGUCAGCUGUAAGUUCCAAUACUCAGAGUUAAGGAUGGAUGUUUGAAUUCUUGUGAUGUUUUCACUUAAUGUGGAGUAUAAAAGAAAAAAAAAGAUUACCAACAUGAUGUGACUUUGUAGAAUUUGCACUUGUCGACUACCUAUCUGUGCAUGCUUAUCACCAUUUCUACAUAUAAGAUCUUUUCUCAGAUGUACUUUUGGAUACUAGCUCUAUUUAUGUGACAGAACUCAUAAUUUCAGUGUAAAUCAAAUGACACAUUUAAUGUCUGUGCUUUCAAAAACACAAAUGUGAGCUGCUUGUUGUGAAGUAAAGAGAUUAAAAUCAGAGAGUUGGUCCAAAAUAGUAUGAUUAUCCACAAAAGAAGACAACAUCUCAUCUUCGGUGGACCCAAUAAUAACUUCCUCUGUUUGGGUGUGAAAACUUAAGCGUAAAAAAAAAAAAAAAAAAAAAAAAAAA